GGGGGCGUGGCCACCGAUGUUGUGGUUGACAACUUCCUGCUUUGCGGCGUGAAAGUGUUCAACGGCAGCUUUCGAUCAUGAAGAGAGGAUAAACACGGCUUUUCGCAAGUAAACAGAGGGUACUAGGUCAUCUGCUGAUGACAAGUUCAACACAGACAUCAAAGGUAUAUAAACAUUUCCACGCCUACUUGCUUAAUUGAAUCAAGUCUCAUAAGUGGAUGAAGCAUGGUGCACGUAUACAACUGCCAUCCAUAUGCCUCACAGCAGAUAGUACAGGUGGAACAGGAGCCCGGGUUGGUCUGCUGUGGAGGUGGUGCCUUGUUUGUGGUCACCAUUGGAGGAUGCAAGGUGGAAGCAUACAAUCUGGAUCAGGAAGGCUGCCCACUUAUCUGCCGCUUUGCGACCAUGGGCAAUGUGAGGAGCAUCCUGCACAGCAACAUUGGAGACUAUCUGGUCACAAUUGAAGAAAAGAACAGCGCCACCUACCUGAGAGCCUACACCAACUGGCGUUACCAGGCUGAGGAAAAGGCUCGUGUUGGAGUACGCUUGUUGGGUCACCUACUUCGAGGAGCAUCUCAACGGGGUGGAGUACAAAUGGAGAUCAUUGAGAUUCCCCUGUCAGAGCGUCCUGUUGCUGUUGCGUGUUGUCCAGUUACAGGGGACCUCCUGGUUGGCUGUGACAAAACCUUGGUUCUGUUUACUUUGAGAAGACAGAACCAUCCAAACAUGAGCCAACAUAACAUACAAGCACCUUCAAACACUCAGCAGAGUUCCAGUCAGAAUCCAGAUCAGACCUCAAACCACAACUUUCUUGACUUUGAACGCUCUGUCAUCCUGCAUCUUCCUGCAACUAAACCUGUACAGGUGGCACUCUGUGCAGGAUAUGUUGCUGUGCAAACAGACCUGGAGGUGCUGGUCCUUAAACUGGAAGCUAAUUAUAAGCAAAAUGAACUGGAGCUGGAAGAGUCAUCGGAGGAACCAAAAGAUGAUGUUACUGAAGACCAGGCUGAUUUCCUAAUUCUUCCAAGACACCAGGAAUUGCUCGGAGAGCGAGCUAAAGACUGUGACAUACCUGUCAGCAUCGAGAAAGCGGGGCUUGAGGAGAGAGGGCAAAAUACUUUCUCCUAUGUUUUGUUCAGGCGUUUUACUCCAGAUUACUUACAGGGUUGCAGUGUGGAGGAGACGCACCUUCACUCCCUCAAACUCCAACCAUUAUUUACAAGCUGCCAGUCACCGGUCGAAGAACCAACUUGUGUGUUCUGCUUCUUUUCUCUUCCCACCACUGGCUACCUGUACAGCCUCAAAGGCGGAGUUGAGCUUAUCUCAAUUUAUCAAUAUCCAGAGAAGGUCUUGGAAGCGGUGCUGACAGACCACUUGCUACAUGUCAUUACACAGAAUGCUCUGCAAUGCUUCACGGUUCGUUGUGCAGCGGUUGCAGCCAGGUUUGAGGACCCCUACAUCGAUACCACAAUGAGGGCUUGUCCGCCCAGCAGCCUUGAGGUGUGUGCCCUUAGGAUGCAGUUGUUUAUUGGCCUUCGCUCAUUGUGCGUGUGCGGCUGUCACGUCAUUCUGUUGUCUACCGCUGACACUGAGACCCCUGAGGAGACUGAACGCAACGCACAACGCCGAGGCCUCAUGUUGAAAGAACACACCGUGCUGACUGGUAUUUUCCUUGCGGUGGGAAUUGAUCCCACCACCACACCAGCUCUGGAGAGCCUUCUAUCACGUCCCUUACUAAGCAGGAAGUGGACAAUGUCUUCUCCCAAGGAGACCAGCGCUGUGGGACAUGGAUGGAACCUCUACGUGGUUGAUACUGUUCCUUUGCUAACGCUCUACCAAGAGAUGGUUGAAUACAGCCAACAGUAUGCACAAAACAACCAGCAGGCCCAGAGUCUUUGGCACCUCCUCAGUGAGGCUCACCUCCUCCUCCGCGCAGCCUUGCUACGUCCUUCACAAGUGCAGCACUGCCGGAGCAAUGGCGGCGCCGCAGACGUUCGUUCUGAGGGACAGGUCGCUAUUCAGACAGACAGACUAAAGAUGGAGGAAGCAUUCCGGGAAAAUUGUGCUCAACUGGGGGACUGUUUCAGCAAGGGGAACCAGAGACAUUGUCAUCAGGCUUUGCCUUACUACAGAAUGUCUGGCCUGGCAGUCACUGAAGUCAUGGCCAGGAAUCGCCCCCUUUCAAGAACCUCACACACUUAUGGCCCUGGCUUUUUGUUUUACCUGAAGCAUUACCUUCUAGAAGAGACUGAUCAGCAUCUCAGUCAGGAAGCAGCGGAUGAGGUCAUAGACAUUUUAAGCCAAUCGGAGCCCUCCCAACUUAUCAGCGUGUGUGCCAGCCCAACCAUGAAAAAUGUCAAUCCUACCCGGACACUCAGAAUCUUGCAACAUCUGGAGGACAGUGCCGGUGUGUCUGUUGCAAUGACAAUCACCAUGGCAACCCUGCUGCUGCGCUUGGAUGAUCUGCCACAGUACACACAGCUGAUGGAAAGACAUGCUGAGAUGGUAUUCGUUUAUGGCUUCAUUGAGGAGCCAAGGCUCUUGCUGCAUGGUGGAGGUGGAGGCCAGCACACAAACAUCUGUCCCACAGCAUUAACCCGACAAAUGGCCAAGUCCCAGCCUGGCCUUUUGGUGGCUGCCAUGGUUGGUCUCCAUGAGAACAACAAAGUUCAGCUUGAGCAAGUAGACCACAUGUUUCAGGUGCUGGGUUGUGAAAACAGUUUACAAGUAGAUUUCUGGGAAGCAAUGCUAAUGGCCUCAUCGCAGGAAGCGGUCAUUCAAGAGCUUCUUUUCAGAUUGUCUUCUGUCUAUAUUGACCGUCUAAUGCACACCAGCACAGACAAACAUGUGCCUGCACCUCCAGCACGCAAGUCACUAAAGAGUGCUGACGAUCUGAUCAAUUCCUGCUCCCAUUAUGGUGCUCUAUAUCCGUGGCUGACUGUUCUCUGCCCGCCUUACAGUACCGGCUUCCAACACCAGGAGGCUUUACACAAAAUGCAGUCUCUCCUUUGUGGACCAUCCCUUUCUGUGGGUUCAGUCACGCCAUUGUUGGAAAGUUUGUCAGACAAAACAUUAUGGGGCUUCAGCCUGCACCUUCUCUGUGCUACCAGAAAGGGCCAGUACGAUACCAGCAUUGAAGAGCUUCUGGACCAAUGCCCGCAGGCUAUUAUAGCCUAUGCCAAUCAUCACUUGCAAGAUGAAUACAUGGAUUUGUGGUGGCAGAAGCUGCUCCCAGAACUCUGCAAUCGCACAAGAUCUGCAUCAGACAAUAGCAUUCUUUUGGCUGCUCUCAAAGAGACUCUGGUCGUUGUUGCCAUGGAGACAAGUCCUACACAAUUCCUCGAGCUGAUACCCGAUGAUGGCACAGCUUCUUACUUCUUACCUCACUUGCUGACCUGCAGCCAGAAACACUUACUGGCUUAAAAGGCGCGCAGAGUGUUUUACUUUAUGCAACUAUAUUAACAUACAACAUUGAGCGACUAAAUAUUUAUUUUAGGAGACUAAUGUAGGACAACUCUGCAGGUAAAAACUAGGGCUGUCAAACGAUUAAAAAUUUUAAUUGAGUUAAUCACAGCUUAAAAAUUAAUUAAUGGUAAUUAAUCGCAAUUCAAACCAUCUAUAAAAUAUGCCAUAUUUUUCUGUAAAUCAUUGUUGGAAUGGAAAGGUAAGACACAAGACGGGUAUAUACAUUCAAUAUACUGUACAUAAGUACUGUAUUUGUUUAUCAUAACAAUAAGUCAAAAAGAUGGCAUUAACAUUAUUAACAUUCUGUUAAAGCGAUCCCUGGAUAGAAAGACUUGUACUUCUUAAAAGAUAAAUGUUAGUACAAGUUAAAGAAAUUUUAUAUUAAAACCCCUCUUAAUGUUUUCGUUUUAAUAAAAGUUGUAAAAUUUUCAAUUAAAAAAAUAAACUAGUAGCUCGCCAUUGUUGACGUCGCUGAGCGGUAGCGUCACAUGGGCUCCCUGCCGUUCUUCCACAGUGUCUUUAACUACAUAAGGUAGUGAUUGAAAUAUACCACAAGGUGUCAAUGGCGAGUUUUAAAUUACUUGGAAAUCAAGCCAAUGAGUGUGUUUUGUCCCUCGACCGACGCUGUAGUUCCCUGUUUACUUGUCCACCCAUUGUACAUCAUUUGAGUGCUGGCUUCACAACGUACGAGACCUCUGAUCGUUUGUAUAUUGUGACUGAAUAUUGCCAUCCAGUGAAUUUGUCGAGCUAAACAACAGCUAAACGAAAUGUUUGAAUAGUUUUUCCAAAGUCUGAGCAUCAUUAAUACAGAUAGAAGCACUUUUCUUUUUGUGAACAUUAUUUUUUUGAGAGAUAGAAAUACUAUUUUUGCUCUGUAUUCUGUCCUCAAUGUGUGUGAGUACACAAAUUGACAGAUAGCGAACAGCAGAAGCUCUAAAGAGGAAUCAGACGUUGAGGCAAAGUUGAAUGGGCUUUACUGUAGUCAUCAAUUCUCUUGACAGGGGAACGUUUCUGAUUAUUGUAAAACUGAAAAUAAUAAACAUUGUGCCAAUAACUUGCACAAGUCACAAAAUAACACAAAAUAUACACACACGUUUCCAUUUUAGCAGUAGCACUAGCCAAUUAGCUCACAAGCAACAAAUAAUGUAACUACAUUGUACCAUAUAUGUAAACAAAAUGAAAUGUACAUCACCAAUAAUUACACAAUGCUCAUGAAUAUAUACAAAGAAAGAAUAGAACUCACAAGUGAUGCAUGUAUAAGAGACAGUGUGAUGAGACAGCGAGAACUGCCACUGAAUACUGGAUGCAGACGUUAGCUGGUCUGUAUAUCACUGUAUUGGUAUGAGUUCGCGUCGACAUACAGUGCCUUGCAAAAGUAUUCGGCCCCCUUGAACCUUGCAACCUUUCGCCACAUUUCAGGCUUCAAAC